GGCAGAGGCGGGCGGUUUUGAUCGGAGUCGGGUAUGAGUGAGCGUCGCGGCGGCGUUUCGGUGGCGGUGGUGCGGGGUUGGUGCAGGUAGUAGGGCCUCGAGCGGACUAGCCGAGCCUGAGGAGCGGGGGGCGGCCGUUGGUGCGGCUGUCCCGUGAACGUGGGGCUCCGGCCCUCCGCUCCCCGCUGUGUGCGCUCCUUGGCCCGUGAGGAGCGCGGGGCCGCCUCGCUGAGGGGCACCCCCGGUGGCUGCUGACAGCUCCUCGUCUCUGAGGCCCUGCAGUGCCGCCGUUCGUUACGCGAGCUGCUGGCAGGAACGCGAUUGGUUUCCUCCCUGCUGGUUUCUGCAGUCGCGUUUUCAGUAUCUCGUUUCCUUUGGCUUUAUUUUUUAAGUUUUGUCUUUGUACCAGCCUCGGUUAUCGGCUUCUCGUUCGUCCGAGCCAAAGCGUGCUUUGCCGUUGCACAGCUCACUGCUAUGGGCGAUACAGAAGAAGCCCAAAUGCAGAUCAGCCCCGAAACUCCCGGGCGGGUCGCAGUCCUGAAUCCUUUCGAAAGUCCCAACGAUUACUGCACCCUUCAGGAGCAGAUUGUCUCCAGUCCUUCCGUCUUCAAAUCAACAAAAUCUUCAUCUACACCAGGAAAAUUUAGAUGGUCUAUUGAUCAGCUUGCUCUAAUAAAUCCUGUGGAAAUUGACUCAGAGGAUAUCCGACGCCAAGCAAUGUAUUUGAGUCACGCCAGAAUUGAUAAGGAGACUGAAGAAAGGAGGCAAAAAGCCAUUGAGGAGUUUUUCACAAAGAGUCUCAUAGUUCCUUCUCCUUGGACUGAACAUGAAGGCAAGCAAGUUUCACAGUUUAAUUCAACAAAAUCCAUAGAUCUAAAUAACAUUUCUCCAAUUGGAAGACAGCUAACUUUGCCUGGGAAAAGCAAUGCUGCUUGUCAGACAGUACUGUCUUUGCCAGUGGAUUUUAAUUUAGAGAAAAUCCUAGGUGAAUAUUUUAGAACUGAUGAAUUUGCAGAUCAGUCUCAGGAAAAUCUGAGCUCUUCAUCACUCAGAAGAAAGCUGUUUUUGGAAGAAAAUGGAAACAUAUCUGAAUGUUUGUCCCCUUCUCUGCAUAAUCCAUGCAGUAGUCAGCCACUUGGAGUGCUUUGCUCAAUAGAUAUAUCUCCAGUUCGGUGCAGAAGCCCCCUGGAAACAUCUAGUUCAGGUCAGUUUUCAUCCAGCCCUAUUCAGGGAGGAGCAAGGACUUACAGUCUGGGAAGUAUUACCAGUCCCUCAUUUCCAGAAGGAUCUCCUGCACGUAAUGGUUCUCCUACUUUUUCACCCAUUGCUUUUCACAUAAGACAUACACCACUGUCAGACCAAAGAAAAGUUACAUUUUGUUCUCCAGAUAUUCCUUCCGUCUCAAACAGAAUGACACCUGCAAGUACAAGAAGUCCUUACAUAGAUGGUUGUUCUCCAAUUAAAAACUGUUCUCCUAUGAGGCUUGGAGGAUGUAGAGGAACUGCCCAGUAUCAAACAUCUGUCAUUAGAAUACCAUUUGCUGUUGAAAAUCACGAUGAGGAUGAGGACAAGGAAAAUGCUUCUCCAGCAGAAGCACGGUUCCCAGAAAUGGAUAAUGGAAUAAACUUCUGUCAGCAAGAUGCAGAUACCUUUGCACCUGGUACACAUCUCGUCGUAGCAACAGUGUCUAUUACACCAGAUCACUCAGAAGCUUGUCAUCAAAGGUUGUCAUCCUAUCAGGAUAUAGAAGGCUUGAAGGAAAAUAAUACUGUAGAUAUGGCUGAUGCAGCUGAAGUGUCAGAGAACACUUGGAUAAAAGAAACAAUGGGCAGUAGCAAUGCACCAAUGACCAGCUUUAUGACAGGGAUUACUUUCAGUAUUGAAAACUCUCGCAUGUGCAUGUCACCUCUUGCAGAAAGUAGUGCAAUUCCGUGCGACAACAGCAGUAUUCAGGUGGACAGCGGCUAUAAUACCCAGACGUGUGGAAGCAGCAUCAUGGAUACUGCGGGGGCUGAAAACAGUUGCAGAGAAAAUGAUGUGAACACUAACACACUUCAGACUAAAUCCCAACUUCCUAAAACAAAGGAGUGUUGUGUUUUAAAUCACAAAGACAAUCAGUUGCUGGGAGCAAAAUCUCCAGAGAAGCAGUCCUGUUUCCAUAAAGUGAAAACGCAUCAUACAGUAUUUUGUCAAAAUGCAAGUUGCAACAUUUCUACCUGGAAACAUAAAAAUGAAAAUCAAAUUCAGGGAUUUCACACGAGUGCAAGGAUGACCAAUCCAAGGAUUCUGGAUGGAAACACUGCUUCCAAGUCUGAGCAGCAGCCCACAGAAAGGCCUGUCUCAAAGUGACAAAUGCACGGCUAUUGGCACACUAAGCCUGAAAUAGUUGGUCACAUCUAAAUGUUAAGGGGACUGAAAACAUUUUAACAAUUUCAGUAUGAAUGUGAAUAGAAUUGCAUAGCAUUACAAAGCGAUGUAUUGGAAUUGAGACUUCUGUGCAGCCACUGUAUGAACUGAACAAUUUCUGAAAAACUUUCAUCAGUGAUUUUACCAUAAAGAGUUUCUGAAAAAAUGCACUUAAAAGAGAAACUUCUAUCAAUUAAACAGUAUUUGGUUUUAGUUCUCACAUUUCAAAAUCAAUAUAUCUAAUUAAAAAAUAAUAAUAAUAAAAAAACCUUCAGGUUUCUAAACAAUAAAUUGCUACAGAAGUAAAAGAAACAACAGUAACUGCACCUGAUGUCCCGAAUGAACUGCUUGAUAAACUUGAAGCAGUGCCCUGCUAAAAGGUGAACUGCACUGAAUCAAUAACUUCUAGAAGAUUUUUAUUCUUAAUAAGGAAUUAACUUGGACAUCUGGGAAAUUAGUAUAUUUAAUAGGGCAUUCAAAAUGAGCCUCGGAUGAUAAGGUUUGAAAAUCAAAGGCCAGACAACUUACUGUCAAUUCAAACAUAUUUAUUAUCUUGUGUCUUUUCUGUUUCUAAUGAUGAUUUUUAAGAAUAAUGAGUUGAAGUGGUGAAUUGUAGAUUUCUGGAAUGUGCAAAGGAUUUAUUUUUCUAAGUCUGAUCACUAAAAAUAAUAGUAUACAUCAGUACAGGUGAGAAGCAGGGCUGUCCAUAUCAUAAUCAAUUUAUGAACUGUAUAGUAUGUAUGAUUAAGACUUGUUUUCUUUUAAUUAAAACUUGUGAUUCUUCGUAGUGCUGUGUUCUAUGACCAGAGGUUUUUAAAGUAACUACAGAUUAAAACAAACACAAAAAUAAAAGCAAUCACUAAGAUGCUUGAUUGCACCAUAUGUAAGUAUUUCCUUAAAUGCAAGGGGAAGAUAACACCAGAAAUGGCUGUAUGUGUGAAAUAAUUACAGCCAUUCCAUUUCCCCAGUAAAACAUUACCUUCUGUCCUGUUUCAGACUUCAGUUAGAUCGGAAUUAUUUUAUGAAAGCUUGCAGAUAUGCUUUGUAUAAUUGUUUUGUAGAAGAAACCCACUGUACAAAUUAUCAUGGAAAUCAUUUGACCAUUCUGACUCUGUAGUCGUACUUCAUGCAUUGGUUGGCACACGUUGCACAAAAUGGUCCUUGUUUACAUUAAAUAGUUUUUUAACAAGAGUCUUAUAGCACGAAUAGUUGUAAAUUGAGUAGUAAAACAGAAUAAAGACUUGUCUUCAAUA